CGUGAGCAGUGUUCGGACCGUGUGACACGAAUUUACAUUGAAUGUGCGGUCUAUCCUAUACCUUGUCUGUGGAUUGGUAAAAAGUUCUACGGAAAGCGGUUACCGGUCACACACUUCUUUGUAAGCUGCAGAGUUGGAUAGCACGUCUUAGCAGACUACGAAGUAGACUUUAUUUCAAAGGAAAAGAAAUCUAAAAUAUAAUCAUGCCAGUUCCAGCACUUCAGAAACCUGCUCCUGUUUUCAAGGGUACUGCUGUUGUUAAUGGAGCUUUUAAAGAUAUUUCUCUCACUGAUUAUAAAGGAAAAUAUGUUGUGUUGUUUUUCUAUCCAUUAGAUUUCACAUUUGUUUGCCCAACUGAAAUCAUUGCUUUUUCUGACCGUGCACAAGAGUUUGAACAAAUAGGUUGCAAACUGGUUGCAGCAUCUACUGAUUCUCACUUCAGUCACUUAGCAUGGGUAAAUACACCACGUAAACAAGGUGGUCUUGGUGAAAUGAACAUUCCCCUUCUUGCUGAUAAAAGUAGUAAGAUUGCACGUGAUUAUGGUGUCCUUGAUGAAGAAACUGGUAUUCCAUUCCGUGGCCUCUUUAUUAUAGAUGAUAAACAAAAUUUGCGUCAAGUUACUAUCAAUGAUUUACCAGUUGGCAGGUCUGUUGAUGAAACCUUACGUUUGGUUCAAGCAUUCCAAUUUACUGAUAAGCAUGGAGAAGUAUGUCCAGCUGGCUGGAAACCUGGAAAAAAGACUAUGAAGCCUGAUGUAGUUGGUUCAAAGGAAUAUUUUAAGGAUUCUUAAACAAGGAAAUAAAGAUAUUCAUGUACUUCAUUAAAUGUCAUUUGUGCUUCUUAUAUCUUAUUUGUCAUUAAAAGUGAAUGGGUUAGUUUAUAGUUCGCAGAAAGUAUUACUUA